AUGAAGUCCAUUGCCCUCAUUUCACUCGCAACAGCCGCCGCGGCCGCCGUCCAAAUCAACUACUACACAGACGGAGGCUGCAGCCAGUUCAACGCGUCGCCACCCAAUGUGCCGAUUGACGGAAGCUGCUAUCAGUGGCAAUUGAGCGGAACCAAUAGCGCCAAUAUCGCAAACUGCGACCAUGGGCGUUGCCAGUGCACCUUUUACGCAGGAGACAAUUGCCAAGGGGCUCAAGACGUGGCGACUAGCCCAGGUGAUAACUGCGCAUCCAACUUUGGCAACGGCUUCCGGAGUUUCCGUUGUGUCGUCUCCGACUAA